UGCGCAUGCGCGCGCACGGACGGCAUUUCCGGGUACGACAUGUAAUAUAUAUAGGCUGCUGUCGAGCUCGGGGUCGCUAAAACCGAAGAAACCAAUGAUUCCUAUCUGUCCUGUGGUCUCCUUCACCUAUGUGCCCAGCCGGCUCGGUGAAGAUGCCAAAAUGGCUACCGGCAAUUACUUUGGAUUCACCCACGGCGCUGCCGCCCAGUACAGCCAGCAGCCAGCUGCCGGGGUAGCGUACACACAUCCCACCACAGUGGCCAGUUACACAGUCCACCAGGCGCCCGUGGCGGCGCACACGGUGGCGGCCGCCUACGCCCCCACUGCGGCCACCGUGGCCGUGGCCAGGCCGGCGCCCGUCGCCGUGGCGGCCGCCACCGCCGCCGCUUAUGGAGGGUACCAGCCGACCCACACCGCCGCCGACUACGGAUACCCUCAGCGCCAACCUGAGGUCCCUCCGCCUCCACCGCCGGUCACCUCGCAGACCUACCAGGAUUCGUACUCGUACGUGCGUUCCACCGCCACAGCUGUAGCUUAUGACAGUAAGCAGUACUACCAGCAGCCCACCGCCACGGCGGCCGUGGCGGCGGCUGCUCAGCCGCAGCCCAGCGUGGCCGACUCCUACUACCAGACAGCUCCCAAACCGGGGUACAGCCAGGGCGUUACGUCGUACACUCAGACCCAGCAGACCCGGCAGGUGACGGUGAUCAAACCCACGGCUCCCAGCCCCGCCUCCUCCACCUUCUCCAUCUACCCGGUGACCUCCAGCGUGCAGCCGGUGGCCGCCGCCGCCUCCGUGGUGCCCUCGUACUCCCAGAGCCCCACGUACAGCACCAACGCCGUCACGUACUCCGGAACCUCGUACUCGGGCUACGAGGCAGCCGUGUACUCCGCAGCCUCCAACUACUACCAGCAGCAGCAGCAGCAGAAGCAGGCGGUGGCGGCCGUGGCGGCCACGGCGGCCUGGACCGGGAACACCUUCACCAAGAAGCCGCCCUUCCAGAGCAAGCAGCUGCGGCCCAAACAGCCCCCCAAACCCCCCCAGAUCCACUACUGUGACGUCUGCAAGAUCAGCUGUGCAGGACCGCAGACCUAUAAGGAGCACCUGGAGGGUCAGAAGCAUAAGAAGAAGGAGGCGGCCCUGAAGGUGUCUCAGAGCAGCAGCAGCAGUUCUGGCGGAGGCUCGCUGGCUCGCAGCGCUCAGAACCAGCUGCGCUGUGAGCUGUGCGACGUCUCGUGCACCGGCGCCGACGCGUACGCCGCGCACAUCCGAGGAGCCAAACACCAGAAGGUCGUGAAGCUCCACACCAAACUCGGAAAGCCCAUUCCCUCCACCGAGCCCAGCAUGGUGACUCAGACGUCGUCCACCAGCACGACGGCCCCCACAAAGACCACCACGGCGUCCCUGAGCGGCUCCAGCAGCAGCUCGCUGUGCGUGACCUCCUCCUCUUCCUCCUCCUCCAACUCCGCCCCUCCCUACCUGAAGCCCGUCACCAUGGUCAGCGGCGGCGUGGCGGGUGUGAAGAACACACUGACCGGCAGCCUGGCUGCUGCGGCCGCCGCCACCUCCACCGCCGCCGCCGGGAAGAAAGUCAACGCCCCCAAGAUUAACUUCAUUGGUGGAAAUAAACUCCAGACCACAGCUAAGCUUGAAGAAACCAGAGCGGAGGUCAAGGCCGACGCCUCCAAGCCUGCGGCCCCAUCGCCGGGCUCUCAGGACGCCAAAGCCGAAGACUCUCUGUCCACGUCGGCGCUGGCGGCGCUGCAGAGCGACGUCCAGCCCGUCGGUCACGACUACGUCGAAGAAGUCCGGAACGAUGAAGGUAAAGUCAUCCGCUUCCACUGCAAGCUGUGUGAAUGUAGCUUCAACGACCCCAACGCCAAGGAGAUGCACCUCAAAGGUCGCAGGCAUCGCCUGCAGUACAAGAAAAAGGUGAACCCGGACCUGCAGGUGGAGGUGAAGCCCAGCAUCCGGGCCCGAAAGAUCCAGGAGGAGAAGAUGAGGAAGCAGAUGCAGAAAGAGGAGUACUGGAGGAGGAGGGAGGAGGAGGAGCGCUGGAGGAUGGAGAUGAGGCGCUACGAAGAAGACAUGUACUGGAGACGCAUGGAGGAGGAGCAGCACCACUGGGACGACCGGCGCCGCAUGCCAGACGGGGGCUACCCGCAGGGGCCCCCGGGCCCCCCCGGUCUGCUCGGGGUCCGGCCCGGCAUUCCCGGCCUGCAGCCGCAGGGCCCCAUGCCUCCGCGCCGGCCCGACUCCUCGGACGACCGCUACGUCAUGACGAAGCACGCCGCCAUCUACCCGUCCGAGGACGAGCUGCAGUCCAUCCAGAAGAUCGUGUCCAUCACUGAGCGAGCCCUCAAGCUGGUCUCCGACAUCAUCACGGACCAGGACAAGACCAAAGAGGAGGACAAGGAGAAGAAGGAGCCGGCGAAGGACAGGGCCCUGAAGGGUGUGAUGAGGGUCGGCGUCCUGGCUAAAGGUUUGCUUCUUCGCGGGGAUAAAAACGUGAACCUGGUGCUGCUCUGCUCCGAGAAGCCCACCAAGAGCCUCCUGACCUGCAUCGUGGAGCACCUCCCCAAACAGCUCACAAUGGUGACUCCAGAGAAGUACGAGGUGAAGGGUUCCAUCCAGGAGGCGGCCAUCAUACUGACGUCCUGCGCCGAGCCAAAGAUGCAAGUGACAAUCACGCUGACUUCCCCCGUCAUCCGGGAGGAAAGUGGCCGGGACGGAGAUGUAACCUCGGGUAUGGUGAAAGACCCAGCGGACGUCUUGGACAGGCAAAAAUGCCUUGACGCUCUGGCUGCUCUGCGCCACGCUAAGUGGUUCCAGGCUAGAGCCAACGGUCUUCAGUCCUGCGUGAUCAUCAUCCGGAUCCUGCGAGACCUCUGCCAGCGAGUGCCCACCUGGUCACCGUUCCCUGGAUGGGCCAUGGAGCUGCUGGUGGAGAAGGCCAUCAGCAGCGCCUCGGCCCCGCUCAGCCCCGGCGAUGCUCUGAGGCGCGUCUUCGAAUGUAUCUCCUCUGGGAUUCUACUUCCUGGAGGGCCUGGACUGGUCGAUCCCUGCGAGAAGAAGCCGGUGGACACACUCACUCCGAUGGGAGAGCAGCAGAGAGAGGACAUCACCUCAAGUGCCCAAUUCGCCCUGAGGCUGCUGGCGUUCCGGCAGAUCCACAAAGUUUUGGGCAUGGACCCCCUGCCGCAGAUCAACCCCCGCUUCAACGUCCGCAACAGCCGCAAGCGUCGCCGCGACAACAGCGACGGGACGGACAGCUUCGAGGGCGAAGGCAAAAAGGACAAGAAGGACUACGACAGCCUCUAAGCUCCGCCCCCUCAGAGCGUGCAGAGACGUUGUAAAGCGUUUGUUUGCCUGUCUCCUGUGUUUUAGUUUCCUUAAGCCGCAGAAUCACAGAAAAAGACAAGCUGGUGUUUUAGUUGUAGAUUUCCUAAGGCCGGGCUCGGAGCUGUGGGGGUCACCGGUUCGAACCCGGAGCCCGGCUGGUGUUUUUCUUUGUGACUCGGGAGGCGGAGGAAGUUGUUGUGUAGAGCCGUUCCAGAGGUGGAGCCCUUCUGUUCAUUCUGGAUUCCCUCGCUUGAAGCUCGUGACGUUUGAUGCCGUGGUCUUGUUGCGUUUCAGUGCUGAGCUACACCACACCACCCGCGGGGGGCGCCGCGUUCACUCAUUCAGAGGAACUCUAACUGUUGGUAGAUCUUUGUUAGUCGUGAAGUUGUCGACCCUAAAAUGUAGGUUUUUUUGGUCAUUUCAUUUGCAUAUAUAUGGAAGUAUUUGUAUAAUCUAUAAAUAGAUUUUAAAGCUUCGGUUUGUGAGAGAAGUGUUCACGUCGCUCUGUUUUGUUUUUUUAACCUUUAUUUUCCUGCUUUACUGAGAAAA